CGCUACAUUCUGCCUACACGUUGCUUUAGGAUGGCAGGCAAUGCUUUGAAAAGACUCAUGGCAGAGUACAAACUCGCUAUAAUUUUGUUGGACUAGCUUAAAACAAGCCAUGUCAUGUGUACAUUUUGGAGGACCAACUGAACAUCUUUAGUUGUAUGACCUCUAUUAUCUAACUGGUGCCCCAUUAAGUCAAAUUGUAGUCCUCACAACCGUCUUUCACUCUAAACAAGCGAAGAUGUAAUCUUGGUUUUUGUGCCUUUAUUAUUAUUAUUGUCGAAAGCUGGUUCUCAACUCUCUUAUAUAAAAGAGGUGGAUCAUAAUUGAUCCACCUUACACAUAUCUUAGGCAUAUACUGUGCGCUUCUGAAGCAAGCUUUUCAUAAAUCUGUCUUAGUGGCUCUCAAUCGCUGUAAUUGCUUCUAAUUGCUCUAUUCACUACCCAAAUGUAGCAUGUGAAGAACAUGAGUUGCUGGUCGUCAAUAAUAAUUACCUAUAAACAUGUCUAAUCUUUUACAUUUCGUGAAGUACGUCCUCAAAAAAAAUCGGUAAUGCUUAUUCUCCACCCCAUAUAUUGUUGUUACCAACUUGUUUUGUCCGAAUCAGACAUAUGUUCGAUAUUGUGUAGGACUAACUGUGCGAUUUGAUAGGUGUUGUGAAAGUUUAAGUCGGUAUCAUCAUGUAAAUGAAAUUCUCUCUUAAAAAGUAGAUACGAAUAUACAUUUAAAAUGAUCUCGUAUGAUGAAGUCUGUGAAACAUCAAGUUAGUGGUUAAAUUACUGUUAUUUUAGCCCAUAUAUUUCAGGUUUGCAACAUAUGUCACCUACUUCGACUUAGGCAGCCCAUUAGUGUCAAUAAUCACGCCUGAAAUGUGACUCAAAACUUAAUAAAUAAACAUAUACUUGGUAAAUUAAUUACAUCAUAUUAUCUCACGUUCUGAUUUAUAUUACUCGCUCCUCCGUUUUAGAAUUAACAGUCAAUCCACCAGAGGGGAUUGUUGCUGGACCAGUGGAUGAAAGGAAUUUUUUUGAGUGGGAAGCAUUAAUUGCUGGACCAGAGGGUACUCCAUUUGAAGGUGGUGUUUUUGCUGUACGUUUGAACUUCCCAUCCGAUUACCCUUUGUCUCCACCAAAAAUGCAAUUUCUAACUGAAGUGUUCCAUCCAAAUAUCUAUCCAGAUGGACGCGUGUGCAUUUCCAUACUUCAUGCUCCUGGUGAUGAUCCAAUGGGUUAUGAAAGUUCCGUUGAACGUUGGAGUCCAGUUCAAUCAGUCGAAAAAAUUUUAUUAUCUGUUGUUAGUAUGCUUGCAGAACCGAAUGAUGAGAGUGCGGCUAAUGUGGAUGCAGCAAAAACAUGGCGUGAAGAUAAAGCGCGUUUCAAUAGUCUAGCACUUCGAAGUGUACGUAUUAGUUUGGGUAUUUCGGCGGAAUAAGAUAUUAUCAGAAAAUAGAAGGAAAACAACAAUGAAACAAUAGAAACUAAGCGUGUCUUUCGACUUUUUUAAAAAAAUUUAUCUUUCAUUUUGUUAUGUAGUUCCUUCAAAACAAUUCUUAUUGUGUUAUUAUCACUUCAAUUUUUAUUGUUGUUGUUAUUAGUAUCUUUUUGUUUUCUGAUCGAGUCAAUCAUGAACGAUCUUAUGACUUUUAUGAUUUUGCUUUAAUAACUGUUUAUUGUGUAAGCUCCUUCUUCAGAGAAUGAAAAAUAAUAAGAAGUUGACUAUUUUUGGUGUGAUCGAAAUUAAGAUUUGCCUGAUGAUGUCAUGUCAUGUCAUUAACAGACAUGACAAUUUGGCCAAAAUGGUUUUUUGUCUGAGACUUAUUUGUAUCUGUUGUUGGGUUUGUCAAAUGCAAUUAUUAUAAUCUGGAAGAAUGA